CUUUUCAUAGUUGGUGGGAAGAGAUCCUUCCCGUUGGCUUCAGUUUUACAGCAGUGGGGGAGGGGGCACCUUUCUCUCUCUAUCAUCUCUCUUUCUCUCUCUCUCUCUCUCUCUCUACAUCUCUCUCUUUCUCUCUCUAUACACCAGCAUGCGAACCCUAACUCUACGGUUAAUUUCCACUUUUGACCACCUCUCUUCACUCCUAUCCCAUGAAUUCUUUUUCAACCCUUCAACUUCUACUCGUGUUUUGAAUUCCUCCACUCAUGGCGGUCUCCGACGUCGAAGCCGUGUUGGAAUUUCUCAGAAAGAAUGGAUUAUCGGACUCCGAAUCUGCACUGAUGGAGGAUAUUUACGACAAGUCCGAACUGCGCGCUUUUGAUUACGAGAAGUUUCUGUUUCCGGCGGCGUUCCCGCCCCCUCCGCCGCUCAAGAUUCCGGCGACGCGGCACCGAUUGGAACCGACCGACGGUGUUGCUGAUUCGAGCUCUGAUUGUUCUGAGGAGUUUGUGAGCUUGGGUUCUUCCACAACCGAACUGUGUUCUUCUGAGUUCACAAAUCCGUAUGGAAUUCGCGCUGCUACCCGGGUGAAUUCUCAAGCUUCGUCUGAGAGAUUAUCUGAAUUUGGAACAGCUCGUGAUUACCAUGAAUUUGAUAUGUAUAAUGACCUGAACUGGUACAGUGAGAAAGAUGAGGACUACAUUACGCCUUCCCACUUUGGCGGGCCAGGUUCUUGUGGCUGCCCUAGUGAGGACAAGUUUAUCAUGACUUUAGGGACAGAGAAGAAAACCGAUAACCAAUUGGGUUCAAAUCAUAUACCAGAAGGUUUUCAAUCGGUAGAGAGAAGUAAAUUCUUGGACAAGCCGUGGUCUUUUAAUGUUUCCUCCAUUGGUGAUGUAAAUGAUGCUCAUGUCACUGAUUAUUAUCAUUUGGAUGAAAAAGUUCAAGUUCAGGGAUGUAAUGGAAUGGAUAAAGAGGAUUGCAUUGUUUAUAGCUGCUCUGGUGUCCUUUGCCCAUGCUGUGUGGGGUCAGGAGGGCUUGGUGGGGAUUCCAAUGACUACUGUCUCAAGAAUUUGAAAGUUGAUGAUAUAAAUAAUUUUCAGUACGGGGAGAUUGGAAAAUGUAAUUCUGAUUCGCAUAUUAAGCUUGCCAAGGAAGAUUUACAAUCAAAUGAAAAUGAUGGCUAUGAAGUUGGAAAUGGUGGAGAAGCCGAUGAAGAUCCCAAUGAGCUAGACACUGCUGCUGUGGGAAAGGAGGGUGUUACUGUUGAUGAUUUUCUGAUGAAUAUCACGAAUGAUGAAGAAUAUGAAGUAUUUAAUCUAAGAAUUAUACACAGAAAAAACAGGACUGGAUUCGAAGAGAACAAAGAUCUGCCUAUUGUAAUUAAUAGCGUCAUUGCUGGCAGAUAUUGUGUCACAGAAUACUUGGGUUCGGCUGCUUUCAGCAAAGUUGUCCAGGCACAUGAUCUGCAAACUGGAAUGGACGUUUGCUUGAAGAUCAUAAAGAAUGACAAGGAUUUUUUUGAUCAGAGUUUAGAUGAAAUCAAACUUCUAAAGUUCGUGAACAAGAAUGAUCCGGGUGAUCAGCGCCACAUUUUGCGUUUAUAUGAUUACUUCUAUUAUCAGGAGCAUCUUUUCAUUGUAAGUGAACUGCUCCGGGCAAACUUAUAUGAGUUUCAGAAAUACAAUCAAGAAUCUGGUGGAGAGCCUUAUUUUACAUUGAGCAGGCUGCAGGUCAUAACCCGGCAGUGUUUGGAGGCAUUAGAGUACUUGCAUUAUUUGGGUAUUAUACACUGUGAUCUAAAGCCUGAGAAUAUUCUUAUCAAAAGUUACAGGAGAUGUGAGAUAAAGGUUAUUGAUCUUGGAAGUAGUUGCUUUCAGACGGAUAACUUGUGCCUAUAUGUACAAUCUCGUUCCUACAGAGCUCCUGAAGUCAUCCUAGGCCUCCCCUAUGACCAGAAGAUUGACCUUUGGUCUCUUGGCUGUAUCUUGGCUGAGCUAUGUUCUGGGGAAGUGCUUUUCCCAAAUGACGCACUUGUUGUGCUGCUUGCACGCAUGAUUGGGAUGCUUGGUCCUAUUGAGACGGAGCUGUUAGUGAAGGGGCAGGAGACAGACAAGUAUUUCACAAAUGAAUAUGAUCUUUAUCAUAUAAACGAGGAGACGAAUCAACUGGAGUACAUAAUACCGGAGGAAUCAUCCUUGGAGCAUCACCUGCAGGUUUCCGAUGUUAAGUUCAUUGAUUUUUUAAAGGACUUGCUUGAGAUAAAUCCCGAGAGGCGUCCUACUGCAGCAGAGGCACUAAAACACCCUUGGCUUACCCAUCAAUACGAUUCUUGAUUCUUGCUGAAAUUUGGGAGAAAUGAUUGUUUUUGAAGCAUCUCAUAGCUGAAUAAGCUCUCUGCCAACACAAGCCCAGUAGUAUAUGUUUGAGAUUCCGGAUCCGGUCAGUAUAAUACAUGUAAAGACACUAUAUUAUAGCGUGUAUAUACAUGUUCAUUAGCAAUUUUGUAACGUUUGUUUCUUUUA